AUGAGCGAAAAGGAGAGAAACGAGGCCUCUGGACCUCUAGCACUGUCGACCACAGCUCUCGCCUCGCCAGAGGACAAGGCGCCUGGUCCUGCGAGCGAGCCAGCGCAGGAAGAAGUGAAGGCUAGUGAUUCGAGCUUCAAGUUCUUUCUGCGUGUCUUCACCUACAACGACGCUCGAGGAUGGAUCCUGAACAUCAUUGCCGUCUUUUCUAUGAUUCUUUCGGGCACAGUCCUACCACUGAUGGACGUCAUCUUUGGGAAGUUCAUCAAUGUCUUCAACGACUUUGCCACGGGCCAGCUGUCGCCUAGUGGCUAUCGUAGUGAGGUCGACAAGCACAGCCUCUACUUUAUCUACCUCUUCAUCGGAAAAUUCGUCUCUACCUACAUCUGGACCUUCUUGAUCAACCUCACCGCUAUACGGACGACAAAGGAACUGCGCAUCGCCUUCGUCACGUCCCUCCUCCGUCAAGAGGUGCCCUUCUUUGACUCACCGAGCUCUUCCGUCUCAGGGCAGGUAACCACAAAUGGCAACCUCAUCAACAAUGGCAUCUCUGAGAAGCUUGGCCUCACCAUUCAAGCAAUCUCGCAGUUCGUCGCCGCGUUCGUGGUGGCCUUUGCCGUGCAGUGGAAGCUCACCUUCAUCAUCAUCGCCAUUGUCCCUGUCAAUAUUGUCGUCACAAUCAUUUGUGUCAUCUGGGACACAGGCGUGGAGUAUCGGAUGUUUGACAUCUACGGCAAGUCAGGCUCCCUUGCCGAGGAAGCAUUUGGCACAAUCCGCACAGCCCAUGCCUUUUGGGCGUUUCCCAAGCUCACACGUCGGUUCAACGCCAUCCUCGAAGAAGCGGCUCAGGUCGGUGCCGUCAAGUCCCUCAUCUAUGCCAUCCUCUUCCCAGUUGAGUUCUUUUGCAUCUUCGCGGGCUAUGCCCUCGCCUUCUGGCAGGGCAUGAGGAUGUACUCCGAGGGCGAAAUCACCCAACCGGGCACCGUCGUCACCGUCAUCUUCGCCGUGCUGGUCGCGGCCCAGGCGUUGACACAGAUCGCGCCACAGACAAUCGCCAUUUCGAAAGCUACCGCCGCAGCCUCUGAUAUCUUUGCCAUCAUCGACCGGAAAUCAAACAUUGACUCACUUUCGCCCGAGGGUGCCACCAUUGAUGGGUUCGAGGGUGACAUCAAGCUACGGGAUGUCAAGUUUGCGUAUCCCACCCGCAAGGAUGUACCUGUGUUGCAUGGUCUGGAUCUAGAUAUACCCGCUGACAAGACCACUGCUCUAGUUGGCGCUAGUGGUUCCGGGAAGAGCACCAUCUUCGGCCUGCUGGAGCGAUGGUACACGCCUUCUGCAGGGAGCAUUACACUCGAUCGACAAGAAAUCAAGGACCUCAAUCUGCAGUGGCUGCGGACGAACAUCCGGUUGGUACAGCAAGAGCCCACCCUCUUCAGUGGGACAAUCUACCAGAACAUCGUCGACGGCUUGACUGGCACGCCCCUUUCCACAAUCCCAGACGAAGACAAACGUGCCCGCGUAGAGAACGCUUGCAAGUCCGCGUUUGCCCACGACUUCAUCUCCGAUCUGCCCCAGGGUUACGACACAGUGAUUGGCGAGCGCGGGGCCUCCUUGUCAGGGGGCCAGAAGCAGCGCAUCGUGAUUGCAAGAAGCAUCAUAUCCGACCCCAAGGUCUUGCUGCUGGACGAAGCCACGAGUGCUCUGGACCCCAAGGCCGAGAAGAUUGUACAGCUGGCGUUGAACAAUGUCGCAAAGGGGCGGACCAUGGUCGUCAUUGCGCACCGCCUGAGCACGAUCAGAGACGCGGACAAUAUCAUUGUCAUGGCAAAGGGUGAAGUGAUCGAGCAGGGCAGCCACGACAGUCUGAUUGCUCAAAACGGAGUAUAUGCGCGUCUCGUCAAGGCGCAGGACCUGGGCUCUCGUACCCUCGAGGAAGGCUCAGGACCCGAGGUGGAUGCUCAUGGAGAUGACCUGGACAGACCUUUGACGACCGUCUCAACAAGCGCCAGCGCAGGCGGGCCUCUCGAAAUCAAAGAUGAAGAAUCAUACUCCCUCUUCCACGGCCUCUGGUUGAUUCUCGCCGAGAACCCCAUGCUCUGGUGGGCGUUCUUCGUCGUGGCCAUUGCCUGUAUCGCUGGUGGCGUGACGUAUCCCGCCCUCGCCGUCCUCUUCGCCAAGACCAUGGAGGCCUUUGAGACCAUUGACGUGUCCAAAGCCAACUUUUUCAGCCUCAUGUUUUUUGUGGUCGCGUGCGGGAACUUUGUGGCCUAUGCGGUGGCAGGAUGGGUGUCCAACGUCGUUGCGCAGCAUGUCAUGACGCGGUAUCGGGGUGAGCUCUUCAACGACACCCUGCGCCAGGAUAUGCUGUUCUUUGACCAGCCGGAGCACUCGACGGGCGCGCUGGUGUCGAGACUGUCCGCGGAGCCGACGAGCUUGACAGAGCUUGUGUCCAUGAAUCUGGCGCUUCUCUUAGUCAACGUUGCGAACCUGCUGGCAAGCUCGAUUCUCGCCAUUGUCUACGGAUGGAAACUGGGACUUGUGCUUGCCCUAGGCGCGUUGCCGGUUCUCGUGGCCUCGGGGUAUGUCAGGAUCCGGCUCGAGUUCGCGUUCGACGACGAGACGGCGAAACGUUUCUCGCGGUCCAGUGGACUCGCGUCCGAGGCUGUCCUCGCUAUCCGGACUGUGUCGUCACUGGCACUCGAGUCCGCCAUCAUCUCCAGGUACCGAUCGGCUUUAGAGGGUAUCGCCGCCAAGUCCAUCGGAGGGUUGGGAUGGCGCAUGCUGUUCUACUCCCUGAGUCAGAGUAUUUCUUUCCUGGUGAUGGCGCUCGGUUUCUGGUAUGGUGGCCGCCUCGUGAGCACGGGCGAGUACUCGACGGGGACCUUCUACACCGUGUUUAUUGCCGUCGUCUUUUCGGGUGAGUCGGCUGCCCUCUUUUUCCAGUGGACCACCAGUAUCACCAAGGCACGCACGGCCAUGAACUAUAUCUUCGCCAUGAGACGCAACCGUCUCCUUCACGAUGCUCCGGUCGAUGACGACGGGCAGGAAGAUGAGAAGAACGCAAAGGGAACGCACGUGGAGGUGAGAGACGUCGGGUUUGCAUACCCGUUGAGACCCAAGGUGCAAGUGCUCCGAGACAUUUCCGUAGACAUUGAGAGCUCGAAAAUGGUCGCUUUUGUCGGCGCGAGUGGCUGCGGCAAGUCCACCAUGAUUGCCCUUUUUCAGCGAUUCUACGACCCGACCGCAGGCGUGAUAUCGAGUGACAAGGACGACAUCAAGACUCUUGACCGACGCUUCUAUCGAAAGGACGUUGCGCUCGUGCAGCAAGAACCCGUACUCUACCAAGGGUCCAUACGGGAGAAUGUCGCGCUCGGCAUCGAAGACCGGGAACCAACAGAUGACGAGGUGAUCGAUGCCUGUCGACAAUCGAAUGUCUGGGAUUUCAUUUCUAGUCUGCCAGAUGGCCUUGGUACCCCAUGCGGCCACCAAGGGCUGUCCCUCUCUGGCGGCCAGCGACAACGUGUCGCCAUCGCCAGAGCAUUGAUCCGCCAGCCACGCCUGCUCCUCCUCGACGAGGCGACUUCGGCGCUCGAUACGGAGUCUGAGAAAAUCGUCAAAGAGGCUCUCGAUCGCGCUGCGGAGGGACGAACCACGGUGGCCGUGGCGCAUCGGCUGAGCACCAUUCGCGACGCGGAUCUCAUCGUCGUUUUCGAGCGCGGGAGGGUGGUGCAGGCGGGAACGCAUGAGGAGCUGAUUGCUAACAAAGGCAUUUACUGGGAAAUGGUGCUCGGGCAGUCUUUGGAUCGGGAGGCUUAA